CACAAUGCGCGCGCACGUCACAUUUAAGAGUUCACAGUGACACUUAAAUUAGAGCCACUGAAGGAAUUUAGGGAAUCGGGGUCUUCGGUGUGCUUAUUUACUGCUUUUGGACAUUUAGAUCAGUGUGCAUCUCAGAUCAGUGUACGUGUGUGUGUGUGUGUGUGUGUGUGUGUGUGUGAGACAGCAUCAUCAGCAUCAUCCUCAUCAUCAUCCCGCGGAGGACAAAGGCACAGAAAUGGGUCACUGAUCUCAUGGGACCAAAGGUUUGCCUUUGGAGAUUCAGAGCGAGUGUGUGUGUGUGUGUGUGACUGGAAGGAAUCAGAUGGAGAUCAGCCUUCACACACUCAACAUCGUUAUCGCAGCAAUGCACAUUGACCUUGAUAUCGUAUUUCACAAGAGCGGCUGACGGCUCGAGCUCUUUGGACUGCACUGUGUCUAUCCAGAGGGUGAUGAGAUAAGGUGUUCUGCUGUCCUCAGGUGUGUGAGUUCCUCAGUUCCUCGAUCCGUCAGCAUCAUCAUGUGUGUGAGCUCGGGCCGGGUCCGGGCCUCGGUGUCGGUCCUGCUCGCGUGCCUCGUCCUGCAGGCCUGCGGGGCCCCGGAGCCCGACAGAGACACCUGCUACUCUCGCCAGCACCGAGACGUGGCCGUGAACACUCGCGCGGCUCUGGGUCAGCAGGGAACCGUGAUGGAGGCGCUGGCGAAGCCGUCGGAGAAGGACUGUAUACUCACCUGCUGCUCUGAGGACCUGAGGACAGGGGUGAAGUGUAACCUGGUGGUGUAUAACCCGCCGGCCCGGCCCGGGGAUCAGAACUGCCUGCUGUUCCACUGUGAGAGCGAGACGGACUGUCCGCUGACGCCGGCCAGCGCUGGAAUCAACACCUACGACAUAUUCAAGGGUUCAACUCAUCCAUUGGCUAAAGCAAAUGGAAGAAUAACAGCCAAGCCUGGACCCAGUGUACUGACAAAGAUGACCACGACCACAACAACACCCACAACAGCAACCAUGACAACAACAACAACACCCACCACAACAACAACACCCACAACAACAACAACCACCACAACAACACCAACAACAACACCUACAACAACAACUCCGACCACCACACCGCUGACCAGCACCAGCACUAGCACUGAAGAACUGCUGACUGGGUCAGAACCAUACCUGAUGCUUGUAACCCUCGCUAUGACAACCGCACAUGUUGCCACGACAACCACACCCAUUGACACGACAACCACUACCACUACACAGUCCACCACUACAACCACAACAACAGCUAAAGGCACCAGCACUAAAGCCCCGCGGCCUCCGACCAAACCCAACAGAGUCCGAAAACUGGGCAAACCUUCCAGACCAGAACCACAUCCAGUGAAGCCCGUCCGAGCGACCGCCAGCCCGACAACCACCGGCACACACACACCAGCGACUGCUACAACCACAAGAGCUACAACCACCACAACUACACCCACAACAACCACCACAACUGCACCCACAACAACCACCACAACUACACCCACAACUACACCCACAACAACUAUUACAACUACACCCACAACAACUAUUACAACUACGACAACAACUACAACAACUGUAACUACACCUGCAGCCGCGGCUCCGCCCGCUGAGCCCGAGAGCGAGUCGAGGCGCCGGGGCUUCGGUGCUCCUCCCGGCGGCCCGGUCCCGGGGAGGCCCAAGGUGUCUCGGGUGAUGUGGAAGAACAGCCUGGUGGCCAUCGUGGUGCUCACACUGCUCUUCCUCGUGCUCAUCCUCGCUCUGGUGGCCCGGAAGGCCAUGGAGUCCUUCGACAGGCGGCACUACACUCGGCUGGAGCUCAACGACCUGCACUAUGAGGUGUAGCACACUGACACUCUGCUCUGGAGGAGUGUGCCGCCUCACCCAGAGAAAAGAUUUGUAUUUUGAUAUAUUUAGGCUGGUUUGGUUUCCACAGUUCGAGGAGAGCAAUAAAAAGCAAUACACUGAACUCAGGUCGCCUCAAAUGAUGAAACGAAGGCUGAGAUCUUGAACAGCUUCGCCACUUUCUUUCUUUCUCUCUCACCGAGCGUUUCUUGUCAGCAAACAUCAUGAACGCGUUCUGUUGUAAGAAGCACCUCACGGGUCCCGAGAGCGGCUGUGCUUCACUGCUCACUAGUGUAGUGCACUUGUUAGUGUGUCACAUGACAGCUGGAGAGAUUCACACACACACACACACUUCAUGUUUUCAGUGGAAGUGAACGAGUGUUUGUUUGUAGUUCACUGCUUUCCUCUGUGUGAUCGUCCAGGCGGUGGCAGGGGUCAGGCGUUUAUUUCACAGCAUGAUCCACUGAAAUCUGUCCAGUUCACUCUUAAGUUUUAAUCUUAUUCUGCUUCUGUAUUUUCUAAUCUGUUAGUAUAUGUUGGUGGUACAUUUUUUGGUGAGUCUUGGCUUUUACAGACACCUUGAGAUUAAUGUGAUGGUUUUGUUUCUCCUGCAAGAAAUAAAAAGGGGUCUUUUUCAAUAUC